GGGUAACUGUCUGCAUCGUUUGUUGUGAUUGACCUCUUUUGUCUGUACUAACCAUUUUCAAUCAUUCUCACUGAUGACACUUGCUUUCUAGUGGGUCUUUGGAAAAGUAGUGGAGUGUGUUUGCUAACUCCAAUGUGGUCCAGGGUCAGUAAAAGGAAAUCGUGUGAUUGAUUUUACUGGACUUACAGUCUGUCUGACACCUGACCCCAGAGACACCCUUCUAACCCAACCCGUUGAUUGCCUAUUCACCCAACUACUCCACUGUCUGAGUGUUGCAGCGAUUCCAGUGUGUCUGCAGGAAUUUGUUUAUCGCUGCAGCUCAGGUUGCUGUUUAUUUUAUUUUUGGUCUUUGUUUGGAACCGGGAAAAUGUCUGAUCAGGGGGCUCAGCAGCAGCCACAGGUGGAAGUGGUGAUGAAGGUGGAAGGUGAACAGCCUUCAACCUCCACUCCUCCUCCUCCACCUCUGACUGCUACUCAACGGUUGAAGAAGGAGCUGGAAGAACAGCUGCGUCAGCAACAGGCCAGACUGGCAGAAGUGGCACAGCAGGAGGCUGCUGAGCUAGAGGCUGCAACAGAACAUUCCAGAAGAGAAUAUCUGUUGCAGCAGCUAGAAGGGUCGCUCACUGAUGAUCGUUGCUCCCAGAUCACCAAGCAAAUGGCAGAGAUGAUCCUGUUGGAGCACAAGAUCACCAGCUCCCAGUUUACAAAUUGGGAUGAUCGUUUUGUGCAGCUGGAGCGUCGGCUUGACGAGCAGUCAGCUCAGCAGACCAAGAUCCUGAAGUCUAUUCAGGGCUUGACUGCUCAGCUGGCAGCCGCCAAGCUGAUCACUCCUCAACCCCCUCUGCUGCAGCCCAAAUCUUCUCCUCAUUCUUCACCCCCUUCCUCUCCCCAUGCAUCGCAUGCUGGCUCUGUACAUUCUUCCCGGUCAUCCACCCCUUCCCAAAAGGCCUCAGCAAAGGCCACCUAUGCUGCUGUUGCUGCAGGAGACCAGAGAGGUCCCAAGAUCCGUGCUCCCAACAAGUUUAGGGGUGAUGACCCCAAGACCGAUGUUGGGGACUGGGCUGCUGGGACCCGAGCCUACUUGAGGGGCUUCGCCUGUGCAGAGCAGACCAAGGUGGCGACUGUUCUGGGACUGCUGGAGGGACCCGCACUGAAGUGGGCCACCUCAACUUCCAGCAGUCUGCAGCAAUCCAUGGAGGACUGGGMUUUUGGGUUGRGGGUGGACAGACUUYUGCAGGCCYUGGAGGACCGUUUUGCAGACAAGGAGCGGGCCCGCAAGGCCGCUGACAGGAUWGCUCRCCUGGGACAGCAGCGGUACARCGGGACUUUGCAGGCCUUGUUUGYUGAGUUUGAGCAACUCACCUCCACCCCUGGGUUGGUCAUGAGCCCUGAUGAUUUGCUGACCAACUUCUGCAGGGCAGCGCCUGAGAAGUUUGUUGUUGCUCUUUACAGCACUGGGCACAAGGACUGGAGGUCCUUUGGCCGUGCAAAGCUCCAUGUCCAGGCCCCAUCCUCUGACAGGAGGAAAGGUGCUUUCCCUCGAGGUGGUAGAAAGGGAAAGGCAGCCUUCCCGCAUGCAGGGUCUGCCUCAGGAUCAGACUCAGACUCCCAGGCUGAUACACCUUCAGCUGGGACUGGAUCUGCUGCUGAGACAAAUGUUGCAGCUGCCGUGACUCAGACUGUUUUGGGAGCCCUGCAGUUGCAAAAAAAGUUUUCUCCCACCACAGCCUCAGCUAGUGCCAAGGGGAAGGAAAAGGGACGUGACAGUGUGAGUUUGGGGACUGCGCGGGCAGCAUCCUUCUGCUAUGAGGAUCCUGACCCGGAUCAGGACCCGGGGCAGGAUGAGCUCCAGUCUAUUGUUGCCUUCUUCCUUCAUCUGAARGAACAGAAGAAGAGCAAGACUGAUCUCAUCAUGUUCCGGCCACUGAUCAACAGCACCAGGAUCACUGGGUUGUUCGACUGUGGGGCCACCAGAAACUUCAUGUCUCCCAAUGCAGUUAAAAAGCUGCAUCUGGGCAUGAAAGUUCAGCAGCUGCAACAACCGCUGUUGGUGCGGAUUGGUGACUCUACAGUACUCAGCAUCAGGGAGAAGGUCAAGAGUAUCCCUGUGACCUUCGAUACUGCAGGAAAAGUCAGACACAGUCUGAACUUUUACAUCUUCCCUGAGUUCCCCUUUGAUUUGGUGUUCUCCAUGCAGUGGUUGAGGGCAGUCAACCCUAGGAUCGACUGGCAGAUCCCUAGAGUUGAACUACCGGACAGCCAGGGUGUGUAUCAACCAUGCAUGAUUGCUGCUGAUCACCACCCUAAGACCUCCUGCUACUGCCUGAGAGCGAGGGAGUUCCAUGCUCUCUCUCGCCAGUACCACCAUGAGCGUUUGUUUAUUGCUCUGGUCAAGCAGACAGAUGCUCCCCCUGUUUCUUGUCCUCCUGAGAUACAGCAGGUGGUAGAUCAGUAUGCUGAUCUGAUGCAGGAGCCCUUUGGGUUACCCAGCCGGCCAACCAAGCAUCACAUCGAGUUGCUGCCUGGAGCGGUCCCUCCCAAGGGCCGCAUCUACAGGAUGUCCCCUGCUGAGCUUGAGGAGCUCAGAAAGCAGCUUGAGACCCUGACCAGCAAAGGCUGGAUCAGACCCAGCACAUCUGAAUUCGGUGCACCGGUUCUUUUUGUACCCAAAGAGAACGACGAGUUCAGGAUGUGCAUUGAUUACAGGGGUCUCAAUAAGAUCACUAGGAAGAGUACUGAGCCACUUCCUAGGAUCGAUGACCUCCUGGACAUGGUGCAGGGCUGCACAGUGUUCAGCAAAGUCGACCUCAAAUCUGGCUACCACCAGAUUGAGAUGGCAGAGGAGGAUGUCUACAAGACAGCCUUCAAGACCAGGUAUGGGACUUAUGAGUUCCUGGUCAUGCCAUUUGGACUUUGCAACGCCCCAGGCACUUUCCAGACAGAGAUGCAUCGCAUCUUCAGGCCUUACCUGGACAAGUUUAUGGUUGUCUACCUGGAUGAUAUCCUGGUAUUCAGCAAGACUGCCAGGGAACAUGCGGAGCACUUGGCUCUUGUCCUUCAGUCGUUACGUGACAGCCAGUACAAGAUCAACAGAGAGAAGUUCUCCUUUGGAGUUCCCUCUGUCAUCUAUCUGGGUCAUGUAAUCUCUGGAGAUGAUCUGGCUCCUGAAGCAGCCAAGAUUGCUGCAAUUCAGGAGUGGCCUCAGCCUCAGACAAUGAGGGAUGUCCGGUCCCUCAUGGGUUUGGCCUCUUACUACAGAAAGUUUGUCAGGAACUUUUCUGCAGUGGCUGCACCCCUGACUAACCUAACAAAGAAGGACACUCCCUUUCUUUGGUCCCUCCACUGUCAGUUGGCCUUCACACGACUCAAGAAGGCCUUGACUCGUGCGCCUGUACUGAAGUUACCUGACCCCACUCUGCCAUUCAUCCUGACCACUGACGCCAGUCAGUAUGGCAUUGGGGCAGUUCUUCAGCAGGAUGAUGGGAAUGGGCUACGGCCUGUAGAGUUCAUGAGUAAGAAGAUCAAGACUCAAAAGCUCCAAGACCCUACCUACGAGAAAGAGCUAUAUGGUAUUGCCUAUCCUAACUUUGAACCAGGCUAUGCUCUGAGUUCAGACCUGCUGUACACUUGCAGCAGAGGUGAGGAGCGUUUGUGCAUUCCCCAGGACCAGCGACUCAGGACACUGCUGAUGUCAGAGUGUCAUGAUGCCCGUGGACACUUCGGGUUCCUAAAGUCUUAUGCAGCACUGUCGCAACGCUUCUUCUGGAAGGAGAUGCGGAGUGAGAUGCUGCGUUAUGUGGACACCUGUGAGCUCUGCCAAAGGAAUAAGGUCCAGCGUAGACCUCCUUUGGGACUGCUCAAACCCUUACCCAGACCUGAUGGCCCUGCUGAAUCUGUGUCGAUAGACUUCACAUAUUUAGGCAAGACCACCCCUCGUGGCAUGCGUCAGGUAAUGGUCUGCGUGGACAGGUUUUCCAAAUACGCAGAGUUCAUCCCCUUGCCAGAGGUAGCUAGGGUACUGGCUGUGAGAGCAGCCUUUUCUGAGAGGUGGGUCACACACCAUGAACCGCCCACCUCUAUUGUCAGUGAUCGAGACCCCAGAUUUUGCAGCGACGAGUGGCAAUCCUACUGUAAGGACUAUCUGCACUCCCGACUGAACAUGACUUCUGGUCAUCAUCAUGAAGCCAAUGGUUUGGCUGAAGUGAUGAACCAAGUCUUAUUCCAGCUGCGGCGUCCUGUCAUCUCUCCAGAUCAACAGGACUGGGAUCUUCACUUAGCGAGGGCACAGGUCAUGUAUAACAUGUCUGUCCACUCCUCGACAGGGUUCAGUCCCUACCGGUUACACUGGGGGCGUGAACCACGACAGCCUCUCGAUGACAUCAUCGAUAAGGCUAAGCCUGAUCUGACACCAGGCACAACAAAGUUCAGCAGACGUUAUCGUCUAGAUAUGGAAAGAGCCCGCGCGAACUUGUUCAAAGCCCAAAAGGCUAUGAUUGAACAAGCUAAUCGCCACAGGCGGCCUUCCCCCAUCCGCACUGGUGACCAUGUCUGGGUGGCCAGCUCUGAGUUGUCGAGGGAGGAGGAUAUCUCUCCCAAGUUGUUGCUACGUUACCUGGGUCCAUGGCAGGUCCUAGAUACAGUGGGCGCUGAUCCCUUCGGUCCGUCGUAUGUCAUCGACGUCCCGCUGCAUCUACGAACCUACCCGGUCUUCCAUGCAGCUAAGUUGUUGCCUUUUACGCCAGCUGAUGCAUUCCUGGAUCGCCCCCCUCAAUUCGGUCCACCAAUCCCUGGCAAGGGAUAUGAUGUGGAGUGGAUUGAGGAUGAGUGGGGCACAGGCCCCGACCGACAGUAUCUUGUGAGGUUCGCAUUCCAGCCUCCUUCUGAGAACAUAUGGUUCUACAGAAGGGAACUUCUCAAGACAGCAAAGACUUUUGGCAGUUCAUUUCUCGCGAAGCAGCGUGGAGAAGCCAAGCAAGUUGGUGGCGGUGACGGUCUGCAGGCGGCAUCCUAAGACACACCGUGACAGCAGCCAUAGCCGGCCCUCUCUKAGUCUGCCAUAGCUGGGGCAUCCUMAGCGCACCUACCCCUGGGGGUAUCUGCGUAUGGYCGGGCUGUAUCGAGGCUCUACUGUGUGUGUUCGUGGGUGGUGGCAGCCAUAGCUGCCUGUUCCUUCGUCAGAGUUGUCCAUCGGCACUGAAGACUUCAUCGCAGGACCUGUUCUUCAUCAGGGUGGUUGGCGCUGGCCUCUGGGAGGCCAAUCUGAUGUGGCGCUACUAACUGGGUGUAGGAUAGAGAGUGGGGUGUGAGUUCUGAGAGUGGCGAGAUACUGGAACAAACUCUGUUACGAUAA